UUAGUUUCCUGGCAACAUUCAAUCUGAGGAGACCGCUUCAGAGGUAAAAAGAAGCAAUCGUUGACUGCCCAUCUGGACUGCUGGUGGACGGUCUGUACUUCUCCUCGGCUGGGGUGGGAUAUGCAGCAAUUGAGGGAUGAGCCACUCCUCUGGGAUUGGCCAAGAUGUUCAUGAGGCGACCAAUGGCAAGGACACUUCAGAUACUUGCAAUGGAAUGGCCACUCAUGCCUCUAGCUCCCAGGUGCAGACAUGUGGAGAUGAAGUGACUUGCUUGGAGGAAGAAGAACGUGAAGGAGUUUGUAAUACUGACACAUCCCCACCACACAACAUGAAUUCAACGUGCAGGCCAAAAUACACAAACUCAGAACCACACACUAGUGAUGAAGCAUCCACACACACAGACACGCCGGUACUUAAUGACAGUUCACACUCAGUUCACACUCAACCAGUGGCCGAAAACAUCACCUAUAUGGACAUGGCUAACACGGCACACACACAUGAGUGGAUGGGAACAGAGGAGACGGAGGUCAAAAAGCAGACUGAUGGAAGUCAUGAUGCUGAGGUGAAAGUGAGCAAGGAUUAUUGUGCAGAUGUUUCUGUGCAGCAGAUUAAAGAAACAAAUGGAGAAAACUCUACCACAUCACAAACCCCACCCAUAGAACCACCAACCUCCAAUUCAGCCUCCCAAGAUGAAAGCCAUUCAGGUGCUUCCACUCCCCCUGAGCAGACCCCACCUCUGGUCCCUGCCCCUCUUCCUGAUUCAGCCUCUUCUGUGCUCCCUGACCCUGACGAUCUACCUCGGCCGGCUCAUGUGAUGGCAGAGGUCCGAGUGAGGUCAGCCCCUCUCCGGGAGCGGGUGGUACGCGGAAUGCAGGACAGUAAAAGUCUGGAUGGCAUCAGCAAUGCAUGCGGGGGUGGCUCCCGGACCGCGGCAGGCAGAGGCGGACAAGCUGAGGGCCGCAGGGCCACCAUUUCCAGUGCACUUGAACUAGAGGGCACUGUGAGCCACGAUGGUGAUCUUACCAACUUCAUUACCGAGAAUCUGGAGCAGAAAAUCAAAAUGAGCUCACGAGAUACUGACUCAAACUGCUCAAGCCCAGCACGAGGUCGUGGUUCGUUGCGCCGGCCCGCUGAUAUCCCGCCCAUAGACUCCUCAGUGCUUCUGGACCUGCACAAACACACACAGGAGGUUGCAAACAGUGUGGAGGUGAUGCUCCGCAGCCUUAAUGGAACCAUCCAGAACAUGACUGCUCUGAGUGUGGGUUAUAUUCAGACAUAUAGAGACUCUGUUGACAGUUUGGGAGAGUCGGUAGAUAUGAGCAUAAAGGGAAUGUACACAUUGAUGGCGAGGUGUGAGGAACUGGAUCGUUCCAUGCAGCCCAUACAGACACUGGCGGCUCAGAUCAGAGACAUCAAGCGCACACUGGAUGCUCUGGAGGCCAUAUACAAGUGAUAAGCUGUGCUCAUGAGUGCACUCUUCAGGAGAUGCUCUGCAAUGGCUGCAAUGCCCUCUGCUGAUUAUAAUGCAACCGAAUCGCUUUGCUAAUGAUCUUGUUUCCUAGCAAUGCUCUGUGAGCGAUUCUCCCUUAUAGCAGCUUUACGGUAAUGAUUUUUCUUUAUCCUUCCUGUUGGGGCUCCCCCAUUGUAGGAUUAUUGGUUAGUGGAGAGUAAAAUGAAACUGAUUACACCGUCCAGCCACUCACAACCAGAAGAAGGCGCUCACUUUCUUUUUCUUACUUACUCUCUCUCUGUCUGAGUGAAUGAAUGAAUGAACGAUAGUGGGACUGUACUAUUUAUGUGUGCGUUUGUACAUGUGUGUAACUAUCAAAGGCCUCCAUUUAGGGGACAUGUGUUGAACUGUUAAACCCUAUGGAAACGGAGACAGAAACUAGAAGCCAUUCUGUGUUUAAAUACGUUCCUCCUGGGGGUUUUUGCCUGUAGAUUGGAUGCUAUGUAUCCCUCGUUUCCACAGUAACCACUGAUCUGUUGUAACACGUAUGACCUAUUAAUCAUCAGGAGAACUGUGGAUCUUUUGUUGCUAUGGUAACGGUCAUGAUGAGUGUCAUUUGAAAAAAAAAAAAGGAAUGCGGUGCUGACCCCGAUUGCCAAACCCUUCUCCAACUCUGUCAGCUUCUUAAAAAGAUUUCUGAUAUCUGUGUAUGUUUUAAAGAACGCAAUGUAAUAAAUUUAUUCGAAUGAUCCAUAA